AUGAUUGAUCUUGCCAGUAUCAACGAAGUCCCCGGAAAUAUGCCUGGUAAGUACCACGGAUCCGGGAAUACUUACAGCUCCGUGAAUUCUGAACCGUCGGUAGCUCCGAAGGAGACUAAAAAGGUCGAGGCCAAUGGCCAGGCCGCCAAUGGGAACAUCCCUCCUCCCAAGACCGAUAAGCCGAGGCCGCACGUUUGCACUACUUGCGGUCGCUCCUUUGCGCGACUGGAGCACCUGAAGCGCCAUGAGCGCUCCCAUACGAAGGAGAAGCCCUUUGAAUGUCCCGACUGCGCCCGUUGCUUUGCGCGCCGCGAUCUCUUGCUCCGUCAUCAGCAAAAGUUGCACAUGACUUCUACUCCGUCAUCUCGUCCCAGAAAUGGUCGCCGAGAGAGCACGAGUGGUGCUCCUGGCGGCGCCAAUCGGGUGCGGAAGAACUCUAUUGCUAACAAUGCCUCGUCGAUGCGCCCCAGAGCAAACACUAUCAGUCAUGUUGGUGGGAACCCGUUGGGGCUUCCCGACGGUGCUAACCCAUCAUCCGCUCCGAACCACCAAGGCCAUGCAUAUCACCCCAGCUUGAGCUCUUCGGUCGGCUCAAGUAUGGACUACAGGGGUUUCAGCUCGGGCCACCCUCCGGUAAACGGACUGGCCAAGCUGGAGACUUCAGGGCUCCCCAUGGACAUGUCCGGUAAUCUGCGGACAGCCCCAGUUUACGGCAGCUUUGACAUGGGCAUCGAUGGUAUGUUGAUGGGUCACGGUAGCACCAUCAACCCAGCACAAUUACACUUUGCAGGUUCUCCCCAGGGCUUUGGUGACACCCCCACCUCCCCGUUCGGCCACAACCCCCACGGCAUGCACCCCGCCACGGAUCCCAUGAUGGACGAGGAAAUGAACUUCGACUGGAUGAACGGAUUCGACGCGGCGGUGGCGCUGGGAAACGGCAACGACUCGGUCAUCGACGAGUCGUCGCCCUCAGCGAUGAGUACGGGUAGCCAGAGUGGAAUCAGUGAGGCCAUGCUGGAUGGACCCAACCGCAUUCCGAUCUCCAAUGGCUGGCACAACCCGUUCCCGACACACGCUUCGGUCAACCAGUUCGCCAUCGACUUUUCACCGACGACGCUGAACGAGUUGGGGAUCCCGCCAGAGACCGUAUCGCCCAAGUCACUGAUGACCCAGAACCCCUUUGCCGAGAACUACGCCACCCCUCCAUCCAUGACGUCGGUUGGCCAGCCCAUCGUGGGGGGACAUUCGCAGAGUAUGUUAUCAUCAUCUAUGGCAACACACGGAGAAUCUCCUAAUCCUCUCAACGUUCCUUUCCCGAAUAGUGCCCUACGAAGUCAACAUUCCCCAGUCUCAACGGAUACAUUUACAGACUCCACACGACAGGCUCUAUUAGCGAGCAUGUCGCAGCCCACUGGCUUCAAUCAUCGCAAGUAUUCUCAGCCCGCCUCUAGUAUGUUGAGUAGCCGCGAGUUGUUCGCCCGCUCGACUGGCUUCAACAGCUCCGGUCAACUGCCCAGCACCUCAGACAUGCAGCGCUACAUUUCCGCCUACAUCACCUACUUUCACCCCCAUAUGCCUUUUCUUCACAUCCCGACCCUCAACUUCCAAGCUCCCGAGUACACCAGCAACCUUCGCACCCCCAGUGGACAUCUCAACCUCAGCUCUACCGGUGUCGCAGGAGGCGGAGGUUGCCUGAUACUCUCGAUGGCUGCCAUCGGUGCCCUGUACGAAUAUGACGCUGCUGCUUCUAAAGAUUUGUUCGAAGCCGCGAAAAAGAUGAUCCAAUUGUACCUUGAAGAGCGACGCAAAGCCGACAUGUCCGCUGCACUCAGUCGUUCCAGUUCUGCACGAGACAACUCAGUUCAAAAUACACCGCUUUGGCUGGUCCAGGCAAUGUUGUUGAACGUGAUCUACGGCCAUAGCUGUGGUGACAAGACGUCAGCGGAUAUCGCAAGCACUCACUGCGCCGCUUUGGUUAGUUUGGCCCGCGCGGCUGAAUUGACCCACCAUCUGGACUCUAAGAACCUCCCGCACGAUCACCUCAACACCGGGUUUAGUGUAUCUGAUGCAGCUGAUACGGAGAAUUGGAUGUCUUCGUCGUUCAGUCAGCCAAAAGAACGAAAAGAUUGGCUGAAUUGGAAAAUCGUUGAAGAGCGAAAGCGUACCCUUUACGCCAUCUUUGUACUCUCAAGCUUCCUUGUAUCUGCGUACAACCACGCACCUGCUUUGACAAAUUCUGAAAUCCGCCUUGACCUCCCUUGCGAGGAGGAUGUUUGGGCUGCCGAAUCUCCUCAAGCGUGGAAGAAAAUGGGAGGUUCUACAGCCUCUGUCAAUAGCGUUUCGUUCUCUGCCGCUUUGACAUCUCUUCUGACUGCUAGCCAACGAGAGCAGCAGAAUCAACCCUCGAAUGUUUUUUUCGGCAGUGGAAACUCCGACGACCCGACCAGCGCAGACAAUAAACCCAGUACAUUCGGAUGUCUCGUUCUUAUCUACUCUUUGCACAAUUAUAUCUGGGAAACCCGGCAACGACACAUGGGCCGCCAAUGGACCUCACAAGAAACCGAAGCCAUGCAAGCACAUAUCGAGCCGGCUCUCCGAGCCUGGCAGGCUGCGUGGGCAAGCAACCCAGUCCACAGUCUGGAGCGACCCAAUCCAUUUGGCGCCGGGCCGCUAUCCGCAGAUAGCAUUCCACUUCUGGACUUGGCCUACGUUCGGCUGUUCGUCAACUUGGGUCGCUGCAAAGAGGCUUUCUGGCAACGGGAUUGGAACGGCAUGGCAGACGAGCUCGCCCGAGGCACAGAGAUAUUCCAACAGGUCGACACAAAUAUGAAUGACCUAGUGGACCCCUCCCUUACCGGCCAGUUCGACGGCCGACGAGAAUCCAUUAACGACCUAGGCGUAGCCGACCUCACCCUCUCCAAAACCCCAACCCAAGAACAACCUAUGGAGUCCCUCUCAAACGUCUACAAAACAGGUCAAUCGAAGCGCGAGAAACACCUUCGCAAAGCCGCCUUCUACGCCGCCGAUUCAAUAAACAUGUCCGACCGCCUCGGCAACACAUUCGCCGAGUUCUCAUCCCGCGAGUUGCCCAUCCAAUGCGCAAUGUGCUCCUUCGAUUGCUCUCAAGUUCUCGCAGAAUGGAUAACUACCGUUCAAGAGCGCGUCGGUCCCUACCUCGGCAUCCUGGGUCGUGACGACAUCGAUCUCACCCAGGUUCCAGGCGUAAUGCUCCUCGAAGACGAAGACUGCAAGCUGAUCGACAAGAUUAAAGAAAUCCUCUCAAGCAUUGAAUCAAAAAUGCAACGAACAGUGCAGAACAGCAAUUCCAUGUCUGCACUCAGCGUGAUGCAACGCCUUCCUUCCGUCGUGGAGGGCGGAUACGGAUGUAAAAUACUAAUAGCCACAGCCAGCCUUCUAGACCGUGCUGCAGUGUGGCCUGUGACUAAACUGAUGGCGCGGUCUCUGGAAGCCCAGGCUAUGCGAAUGAAGGAGCGAGCUGAGAAUUCCGUUAUGAUGACUACUUAA